CCCAGGCGCACAUCUGGAGGCCUCCAGCGACGCAUCCGAAGAUGCUCAACUUCAUCUUGCUUGCCACAGCGGCCACCGCCACACAAGCGUUCGUCCCCCCCGCGUCCCUCCUCUCCCCAGUCCGCCCUCAUGCCGCCUCCUCCCUGCAGAUGGCCAGCGCAUCAGGCAUCGAGAAGAUGAAGCCCGAAGAGCAGAGUGCGCUCCUGUGGCGCGCCGUCAAGAGCUCUGUGGGCAUAUUGCGGCGGCCGAGCAAGAGUUCGGUCACGUUUGAACCUGAGAGCGAGACCAUCAACUACCAGGGGGAGGUGGCCACCGCCACAUAUGAGGAGGAACUGAGGCAAGAGCUCAUGAUCAGGUCGGCCUUGCCAUAGAUCUGACUGCCUGCUUCACAGGGAGCUGACUGGUUGACUCACUGUGCUUCUCUGCGUGUGUGACGUCAGGUACCUGAAGAAGAUGCUCCGUCUGAAGCGCAUCGAGUCCCUUGAGAAGGCUUUGUCGAGUGGAGACUUCUCCAGCACCGCCAUCGGCAUGGGGGUGGAGGAAGACAAGAUCAUGAAGCCGCCAGAGGACGGCGAGACCGUCGACUGGUCAGUGACCGACACGCCCACACUCCAGAGAGCCAGCCUGUGACAGACAUUGGUGCGGGCGGACGGGCGUGCUGCACUGUGUGUUCAGGUCUCAGCUGCCUGUUGAUGAUCCCGACUUUGACCCGUCCACCUACCUCACUCCCUCCGAGCGUCGUGAGCUGACGCUGCGCUCCACGACUAAGGGCCGCAUGGACGACUUCGUCAAGUCGUGGUACGAGGGAUUUGACAGGCCGACCGAGAAGCCCGACCCCAUCUCGGGAUAGAGAUUACGAACGAUGCGUAGGUGUAAUGGCUGAUAGAUAGGCCAUCCAUGUUUUCGGUGCGGCGUGUUGGGAUGUGGGUGUCAUGUGAUUGAUGCUCUAGUGUGAUGUGACACGGCGGUGGAGAGGCAGGGAUGCGUGUGUGAG